AUGGAGCUAGGAUGGAUCUCUGCAGCACUGAAAGAAGGCCAAGUGAGUCCAACAGAGCUUUGUCAAAGAUGUCUCUCCCUUAUCAAAGCCACCAAAUUUCUUAAUGCUUACAUUACUGUAGCCGAAGAGACAGCAUUAAAACAAGCUGAAGAAUCAGAAGAGAGAUAUAAGAGAGGUCAGAUACUGGGGGAUUUAGAUGGAGUUCCUGUAGCAAUAAAAGACAACUUCAGCACAGCUGGAAUUGAAACAACAUGUGCAUCAAACAUGCUGAAAGGUUAUAUUCCCCCUUACAACGCUACAGUAGUUCAGAAGUUAUUGGAUCAGGGGGCUGUGCUUCUAGGAAAAACAAAUCUAGAUGAAUUUGCAAUGGGAUCUGGGAGCACAGAUGGAAUAUUUGGACCAGUCAGAAACCCCUGGAGUUAUUCAAGGCAGUAUAGAGAAAAAUGUGUGCAGAACACCCAGACUGAGAAUGAAGACUCCAAUUGGCUGAUAACAGGAGGAAGCUCAGGAGGCAGUGCUGCUGCAGUGUCUUCUUUCACAUGUUUUACGGCUUUAGGAUCAGAUACAGGAGGGUCCACCAGAAACCCAGCUGCUCUCUGUGGAGUAGUAGGUUUAAAACCAACCUAUGGACUGAUUUCUCGUCAUGGUCUCAUUCCAUUAGUGAACUCCAUGGACGUACCAGGAAUUUUAACCAGAUGUGUGGAUGAUGCAGCGAUUGUAUUAGGUGUGCUUGCAGGUCAUGAUCCCAAAGACUCUACUACUGUGCAGGAUCCCUUUAAGCCGUUUGAACUACCGAGUUUUAUAGAUGCCAGCAAGCUCUGUAUAGGAAUACCAAAGGAAUACCAUGCACCAGGAUUAUCAAGUGAAACUCUGGCACUUUGGUCUAAGGCUGCUGAUCUCUUUGAGAAUGCAGGUGCCAGAGUAAAGGAAGUGAGUCUACCCCACACACAGUAUUCAAUUAUCUGCUAUCAUGUGCUGUGCACAGCAGAAGUAGCAUCAAAUAUGGCUAGGUUUGAUGGACUAGAAUAUGGACACCGUUCUAGUAUGGACAAGUCCACAGAAGUCAUGUAUGCUGCAACACGACGAGAAGGGUUUAAUGAUGUUGUCAGAGGAAGAAUUCUAUCAGGAAACUACUUUUUGUUAAAACAGAACUAUGAAAAUUAUUUUAUCAAGGCCCAAAAAGUUAGACGACUCAUCGCCAAUGACUUUGUGAAUGUUUUCAAUGGUGGUAUUGAUGUUUUGCUCACUCCUACUACUCUAAGAGAUACAAUACCAUAUGUAGAAUUUAUCAAAGAAGACAAUAGAACCCGCAGUGCACAGGAUGAUAUUUUUACACAGGCCGCAAACAUGGCAGGGCUGCCAGCCAUAACUGUUCCAACAGCAGUUUCGGAGAGAGGUUUGCCAAUUGGGCUUCAGUUUAUUGGCCGUGCAUUCCGAGAGCAGCAGCUUCUUACUGUAGCCAAAUGGUUUGAAAAACAAGUACAGUUCCCUAUGAUACAAUUACAGGGAAUGAUGGAUCAUGGUCACAUUGUGUCUCUCCAUCAGAAAUCCGCCUCUCUUUCAUAACACAAUACUUGGUGGCUUCAUUAGCUGAAGUAAGGAGGAUUUUAGAAUAUCUCAAUCACUUUGAGCUGUUUUCAAAUUGAGAAGAAAUGUAAUCCUUCUGUUUUUGUACAAAAGGAUGGGUUGAAAAAUCUAAAAACAUCUCUAUUGAAGCAGCAUGCAAAAGAGAAGCAGGGGAGCUGGUUAGUGUGCAGUUGAACUGAAGUGAGGACUAUGGUGUGUUCCCUACAACUAAGAACUGCCUGUAUUGUUUAUACUUAACAUGAAAAAAUAUAUUCAACGUGUAUAUCUUUAUAAUUAUA